UAACUUCUUUGCUGGGGGAUUUUAAACCAGGACACUCAAAUCUCCAUUCAUCCUUCUGCACCGAUACUGGUUCACACCUACACACCUCCUCCGCCCCCACUACCGGCCCUACCUAGCUGCCACUACGCGAGUAUGUCUACCCUCGCCCUCCGCACUGCCAUCCCUAGGGGCCUUCGUCGCCCUUCGCUGCUCCUACGACCUGGAUUACUCUCCGCACAAAAUACCCCAUGCAGGUAUUUCUCCGAUGUAAACCCUACGCCAAUCUUCCACUUCACCGAGACAGAGGACAUGCUGAAGGAAUCCGUGGGCCGUUUCGCCCGAGAAGUCAUUCUCCCGAAGGUAAGGGAGAUGGACGAGAAUGAAAUGAUGGACAAAUCCAUCGUGGAGCAGCUAUUUGAGCAAGGUCUCAUGGGAGUCGAAGUUGAAGAAGCAUAUGGUGGUUCUGGAAUGGGUUUUGGAGCGGUCGUUGUUGCGAUUGAAGAAUUGGCCAGGAUCGACCCUUCCGUCUCCGUGCUGGUAGACGUGCACAACACUCUAGUCAAUACCGCCUUCCGCACGUACGGUUCUGCGGUGUUGAAAAAGAAGUACCUGCCCAAGCUUGCUACGGGCACCGUCGGCUCCUUCUGCCUUUCGGAGCCGGCGUCUGGCAGUGACGCCUUCGCGUUGCAAACUAAAGCCGUCAAGUCCGAAUCCGGCGGCUCAUACAAAAUCACUGGACAAAAGAUGUGGAUUACUAACGCCGCCGAGAGUGAGGUCUUCAUUGUCUUUGCAAAUAUCGCCCCCGAGAGAGGGUACAAGGGAAUAACGGCAUUCGUGGUUGAAAAAGGAAUGCCUGGGUUCAAUAUCGCCAAGAAAGAGAAGAAGUUGGGGAUCAAGGCUAGUUCAACAUGUGUUUUGACAUUCGAUGACGUUGAGGUUCCUGCAGAGAAUCUACUUGGGAAGGAAGGAGAAGGUUACAAAUAUGCCAUCUCCCUCCUGAACGAAGGCCGCAUCGGUAUCGCUGCCCAAAUGACCGGUCUGGCCCUGGGCGCUUGGGAGAACGCCGUCAAGUACGAAUGCAAUUCCAGAUCGCACAAGCCAGGACUGAAAUCGAGGCUGCGCGCGCGCUGCUCUUCAAUGCCGUCCGAACGAAGGAAGCUGGCGGGCUUCGUACGGGAGGCCGCCAUGGCGAAGCUUUAUGCUAGCCAGGUCGCGCAGAAGGUUAGUGGCAGUGCGAUCGAAUGGAUGGGUGGAAUGGGUUUCGUUAGGGAGGGACUGGCGGAGAAGUACUGGAGGGACUCAAAGAUUGGUGCAAUUUAUGAGGGGACUAGCAAUAUCCAACUGCAGACUAUCGCAAAGUUACUGCAGAAGGAGUACAAGCAGCACUGA